AUGAGAAUUUAUACUAAAUCCCUUUUCUACUACUUUUUAAUUUUGCAAGUGUAUAGCAAAAAAUAUGGAUUUAUCAAGAAUAAUGUGCCAAGAACUGAUAAAAGCAUUUUCAGAAAGGUUACGCUGUACAACAGCUACAACUCAAGAGAGUUAAAAAAACACUGCGAAACAUCGAGAGUUGUGUGCACAGGUAUUGGUAUAGUAACUGGGGUUGGGGUUGGCAUAGAACAAUUUUGGGAAAAUUUAAUCAAUGGAUAUAACUCUAUUGACAAAAUUACCAAAUUUGAUGUAACAGAUAUGGCAUGUGGAAUAGGCAGUGAAAUAGACAGAAAAAAUUUUAACCCAUGUGAUUUUUAUACAAAUAAAAAGGAUGUAAACCGCAAUGAUGAUUGUACUCAUUAUGCGGUGGCUGCAACAAGAUUAGCCAUAGAUGAUGCCCAUAUUGAUUUACAUAAAAUCGAUAGUGAAAAAGUAGGAACUAUUAUUGGAAGUGGUAUUGGUGGUUUGUCUUUUUUAGAAAAGGAAAUGAAAACAUUACAUGAAAAGGGUCAUAAAAGAAUAAGUCCAUACUUAAUUCCAGCCAUGAUUGCAAAUACACCUUCAGGUUUUGUGUCUAUUGAAAAUAAUCUAAGAGGAAUUUCACUUGGAAUGUUAAGUGCUUGUGCCACAUCAGGUAAUACAAUUGGAGAAGCAUACAGAUAUAUAAAAUAUAAGGAAUAUGAUGUUAUGAUAUGCGGGGGAACGGAGGCAAGUAUUACACCUAUCAGUUUUGCAGGAUUUAAUGCAUUAAGAGCAUUAUGCAUUGGAUAUAAUGAUAAUCCAAAGAAGGGUUGUAGACCAUUUGAUUUAAAAAGAAGUGGUUUUGUUAUGGGGGAAGGUUCAGGUAUUUUAAUUCUUGAAUCUUAUGCACAUGCAAUUAAGAGAAAUGCCAAAAUAUAUGGAGAAAUUUUGGAAUAUUCCUCUGAAAGUGAUGCAUUUCAUAUUACUGCCCCUGAACCAAAUGGAAGGGGCUUAACUAAUUCAAUUAACAAAGCAAUAAAAAAUGCAAAUAUAAAUAUAUCGGAUGUUAAGUAUGUGAAUGCACAUGGGACAUCAACUAACUUAAAUGACAAAAUUGAAACGAAAGUUUUAAAAAAUGUCUUUAAGUCUCAUUCCUAUAAAUUACAUAUAUCCUCAACAAAGAGUAUGACUGGUCAUUGUAUAGGAGCCGCAGGUGCUAUUGAAUCUAUUGUUUGUUUAAAGGCAAUGGAAACAAACAUUAUACCACCAACUAUUAAUUAUGAACAUAAAGAUCCUGAUUGUGAUUUAAAUUAUACACCUAAUAAAAGUUUUCAUUCAAAAGAAAAUAUAGACAUUUCCUUAAAUACAAAUUUAGGAUUUGGAGGACAUAACACUGCAUUAUUAUUUGGAAAAAUUGCAAAAUGA